UGGCUGUGUUCGGUGUCUCGCGCACCACUAACGUUAUGUUUGUGGCGAGGCGGGAAAUGGCGUCCGCAAAAACGCUUCGUUUGUGACCAGCUACCAGCGACAACCACGGCCCGACCUCUGACACUGAUCGGCGGCCGCUCCGUUGGCGGAGCUGACGGCGCUACGGCCACUUUUUGGAGAGCUUCCUCGAUCAUCGGACUUUCUAUGUGACGUUGGAGCAUGAUGAAGCUGAGAGUGCGUAAAGCUCCUCAGCAGCCAACUUUAGGCCGUCGCACCCACCUGUCCCAGGCCAAACGGAAGUAUUCUGAUGUGGAGACCUCCCCAGUUAGAAGCCGAGCCAAAAUGCAGAAGAGUGAAACAGGCCUGUUCUCCACCAUCAAGAAAUUCAUCCGUGGAAAUGCUGUCAAGGUGGAGCAGGAUAUCCCCGCCAAGAGGAGUCGCAUUGACUGUAAUUCUGAUCAUGAUCUAAUUACUUCAACUCCACAAACUAGAGGCCUUUCCAACAAAUCAAUCUCCAGAGUUUGUCAGAAAACUUCAGAUCAAGACACAACAACAUGCAGCAUUAAGCCCAUGAAACCAAACGGUAAAAUUGAGGUAAACGUCGAGGCAACAAACAGUCCACCCAGAACCACACUGCUUGGAACUAUCUUUUCUCCAGUUUUCAACUUUUUCUCACCAGCAACCAAAACUGCCACACCUGGUUCAGACUCCCCUGGCCAAGCCAUGGAGGCAGAAGAAAUUAUGAAGCAAUUGGACAUUGAACAGGCAGAAGAAAUGCCCAGCAGCACUCUGACAUCCACUGAAGGAGUCACUCCAUGUCACAUUGCUCCACUGUUACCACAGAGGCUUCAGAUAGCCUCUGAUACAACCAUAGAAGAAGGAGAAAUAGUUACUGAAACUGACAUGCCUCCGCUAACGGUUCCUGGAUGUAUACCAGACAGUGGUUACCUACAUGCGUUACCCUCAGCCCCUCCUGAAACCUCAUAUGAUGAGGACUGGGAAGUUUUUGAUCCGUACUUCUUCAUCAAGCACGUGCCUCCACUGACAGAAGAGCAGCUGACACGUAAACCAGCAUUACCUUUAAAAACACGCAGCACACCAGAGUUUUCUCUAGUCUUGGAUUUGGAUGAAACACUGGUCCACUGUAGUUUGAAUGAGCUAGAAGAUGCAGCCCUGACAUUCCCUGUGCUCUUUCAAGAUGUUAUAUACCAGGUAUAUGUUCGUUUGAGGCCCUUUUUCCGAGAGUUUCUUGAACGCAUGUCUCAGAUGUAUGAGAUUAUCCUUUUCACGGCUUCAAAGAAGGUGUACGCUGACAAGUUGCUCAACAUUCUGGAUCCUAAAAAACAGUUGGUCAGACACAGGCUAUUUCGUGAGCACUGCGUCUGUGUUCAAGGGAAUUAUAAAGACCUUAACAUUCUUGGACGAGAUCUUUCCAAGACCAUAAUAAUUGAUAAUUCACCUCAAGCCUUUGCCUAUCAGCUUUCCAAUGGAAUCCCAAUUGAGAGCUGGUUUGUGGAUAGAAAUGACAAUGAGCUUCUGAAGCUUGUUCCUUUCCUUGAGAAACUUGUGGAGCUGAAUGAAGAUGUCAGACCGCACAUCAGAGAACGGUAUCGUUUGCACGAUCUCCUUCCUCCAGACUGAGGAUGUCUCACAGUCCACGUUGAUAUCAAUGUGGGGAAAAUUCUGACUGAAGGAUAUAUUGGGAGGACUUCUUUUGCAAACAAAUUGCCAUUAUUCUUUUUAAAAUCAUGCAAAAAAUUUAAAGUUGUAUUUGGUUAAAAAGCCCUGGAUGUUUUUAUACAUACCAAAAAAAGAGAGAGAGAAACUGCUCAGUGCAGCAGGUUCUUCACUUUGCUUGCUUCUUUUAGUUCAACUUAGAAAACAGCCUCCUGGAGGGUCUUUUGUCUCUGACGAAACUGAAUGUCAUUCAGUGUUUCAUUAUGUGGACUCUGUUGGCUUUGGCAGGCCCUCAAACAGCCAGUCAAACCUGUAUAAUAUUCAGCAUUGUAAAUAUAUGUACAUAAUUUUUUUUCUUCAAGGUUUUUAAGUCAUUUUAUUUUCACUUCAGAUUUUAGUAUGUAUUCUUUGACUCUGUUGCAUUUCCAAACCAACAAAAUGUUAGUUUUGUUGUUAACAGCUGCUUUUCUGUUGUAAGUCUGCAUUAUUCCUGUGACGCUUUACUCCAUUACAUGCAGUUGUCUGUAAUAAGGUGCAGUUUUAAAAUGUAUCUUUGGGAGGAAGUGAUUCUGAACUGUUUCCAAGCUGUGUAAUGUAAGCUACAAUGGGGUCUGAACUGAAUACAAAGCCAUAAUGGCCAAAUGAUCAUUUUGAAGAUUUGUAUUUGAGAGUUGGUUUGGACACCUCGAUGAUCCUCUUUGAGGGGCGGAGGGGGUUCAGGCUUCUUGCACUUUGACAUCCAGCCUGAGUUUAAGUUGUAAAGUAAAAAAGAAAAAACAAAAAACUUGUCACUUUUCUACACAGGUGUGUAUUGCCUCGAUUUGUAAUUUGGGCGGGGGGGAUUGUAGCACCAGCAAAUUGCCAAGAUUUGCUUUGAAAUCUUGUUUUACAAGAUGUAUGUGGGAGUCAAGUUUUGAGGAUUGAAUGAUCACUCCUGUUGUAUUCAGUGUUACUCAAUGGUUUCCUUGAAAAUAAAUUACAUUUUUAUACACUU